CGAGUGCUAAAAACGUAGCUUAAGAUGAGCGUAUUUCUCCAUAUGGCUGCUCUGGCAUUUGAAGUGUCUGGAAGGAAGCCUCACUCCUUCCCUGGCGUCAGCAUGGUGAUUGCUGAUGUGCUCUUCAGCACUGUGGCUCUUUUCCUCAUCCAGGGAGUGUUUGUGAGUCUCUUCCUCAUCCGUCUUGUUGGCCAGCUGGUUAGUCUCCUGCACAUGUCCCCUUUCUGCUCACUAUACUGCUUUGAAUAUUGCCAGUUCAGAAAAGGACGUGGAAUGUUCCAGCAGUUAUCAAACAUUGAAGGGAACUGGCCUUACCACUUUGGACUCGGUUUCCCCUUGGCUUUCCUCACAGCAGAACAGACCUUGUGCAUUCUCAGUAGUCGCCUCCUCUCUGUCCUGUUUCCUGUGGUCAUUAGCACCUGUGAAGUAAAGACGCCUGGGAAAACGUGCUUCACCAGUCGUACCUUCUCCUGGUGGUCUUCUUAAGCCCUGACUGCCGUACGAGACAGGCUUCCUACAGUCCUUGCUGAGCAACU